CAAAAAUUCGCGAAUAAUUCGCGAAUAAUUCGCGAAUUAACUAAGCUUCUCACGCUCGCUCAAAACGUUAAAAAAAAAGAAAAAAUAAAAAGAAAAAGCUUCUAGCUCCUGCCUCCGCCCCCAAUCCCUUCCCUUCCGGCCGCUGGCCGAUCGCCAUCGGAAGCGCCUGCAGGGCCACAGGCCGCUCGACAUCGAAGAGGAGGGUUCUUCGUCCGGGGCCGCGCGCACCGCUCGCCAUCGGAACGCCCCGCGAGGGCGAGCAUCGGAAGUUCGGAACCACCCCGGCCGCGCACCGCUCGCCAUCGGAAUCCCCCGCGAGGCCGCGCGCUGCUCACCAUCGGACGUUUGGAACCACCCCGACCGCCCGACCGCCGCUCGCCAUCGCACCACUCGCAAUCUGGUUCCCAGUUCCGCUGUUCCGCUGCGACACACCCACUUCAUCUGUGGAUCAUUCAAGUGUGGGAUCUCGUUUCGUGUUCCAUUUCCUUAUUAGAUGGGAGAUGAGUAUUUGUUGCGGCAAUUCGAGCGCAUUUUAGAGCACGAUGAUCUCCUGGAUGAAUUAGGGUUCAUACACCCAUCCCAAUUUGCAUCUCUAAACGAGGGUUUAGAUGCUACCGCAUUUGAGAUCUCAAAUCGGACACCUUCCGAUUUUGAUGCACUAAAUUAUGACGAAACCGCUUUUUGGACCAAAGAUCAUAAGCUGGCGAUAUCAACAGAGAUCUUAACUCAGUUGUCAAAAGCUGCUCGGCGUGCUUAUUUCGAUGUAAGAAGCGGCUAUAAAGAUUCUAUCAGCGUGAAUAUGAAUGCAAAUCGAUCUGAUAGCGUGACUUCUCGGGGAAGCUCUAUUGAGCUUCUUGAGAAUAAUUUGUUGAUGCACAGUAAGGCUAUUUUGAUACUAAGCUGUGACUUUCUCAGUGCAUGGAAUUCUAGGAAACAAGUCCUCCAAAGGAAAUGCAAUUUAUCACUAUUUAUGGAUGAACUUCAAUUACUGACUUUAAUUCUUUCGUACUCACCGAAAAGUGAGUGUGCCUGGAGUCAUAGGAGGUGGGUGAUCAAGAGGAUCGCUGAAAAGUGUCAAGAUCUACAAGAGAUCAUAGACGAGGAAUCUGAUCUAGCAAGGAACAUAGUAGAGAAAUCGAAAAUGAACUAUCGCGCAUGGAACCAUCGUGUUUGGCUCACUAAUUACAUGACGAGAAAACAGGUUCUUACACACAUUCAGAUUCUUGAUGAGCUGGAUAAGUCAAGGAAGUGGUCCGAGUUGCAUAUUGCUGACAGUUGCUCCUUCCACUAUCGUGGGCGCUUGCUGCUUAGAUUACUUGAGAAUAGCUAUAGAAGACAAGAAGAGGAAGCUUCUUCUAGUUUCAUGUCUAAUAUCCCAUUCUUAUGGGAGGAGGAGAUCAAGUGGAACAAAUUUCUUAUUAAACGAUUUAUGGAUAGACAGUCCUUGUGGGUCUACCGUCGAUUCCUCAUUCAAUGCUGGAUAAAGCUCUUCAGAGAUGAUUGUUUACAUGCCAGGCAGUUGCAUAAGGACCAUCAAAAUGGUUCCCUCGAGUUGCAUACUGACCAUCAAAAUAGUUGUGUCUUGCUGGAUCUAUUUUGGGCCAAAGAAUUAGAAUUCCUUUGUGAGUGCCUGAAUACUCCUGUUGAUGAAUUCGAGGAUUAUCACAUUCAAGCCCAGCUUGCGGCUUCUUACAUGUUGUGGAUUACAAAGCAAUUUCCAUUCCUUGCGAAUUCUAAGCAUCAAGAGAGAAUAAGUGAACUGGGAGACCUAAAGGCCAUCUUGAUAAAGACUUGCCCAGAUAAGACUUUGCUUUGGAGAAGUCUAUCAGAUUAGUUGUUGGUCUCAUCUGGUGUCCUAUUCAGAGAGGAAUUCUUUGAGCUCCCUGCACUAUCUGUAAGUGUACCACGUUAUUUCAUUGUUGGUCCAACAGAGUUGUUAUUUUAUUCAACUAGCGAUUAUACUGAAGAGUUGCGCUUUUGAUAAUGAUGAUGAUCAGAGGUUUCGAAUGUGUAGAUCUCAGCUUCGCACUGUUGCCCUCUUUUUUGUUAAAUAAAAAUUUUAUGUGAUUAGAUGUAUGAAUCGGUAAUUUUUAAGAUUC